CUGCUAAGAUUCCACGGAGCCGUGACCAACGUAAAUGGUUCGUUAUCAUUUGGAGAAUUGAACCAACUUGGGGGAUUCUUCGUCAACGGUCGACCACUGCCACUGUCAAUGCGGGUACGUAUCGUGGAGAUGGCUCAGCUGGGUGUCCGGCCGUGCAAUAUCAGCCGUCUACUACGAGUAUCGCACGGAUGCGUCAGCAAAAUUCUUACCCGGUUCAAUGAGACGGGUUCGAUUCUGCCUGGUGCCAUCGGCGGGAGCAAACCACGCGUAACCACUAAGACCGUCGUGCAGUACAUCCGGCUGUUGAAACAACGAGAACCUAUGCUGUUCGCAUGGGAGAUCCGGCAGCGUAAUGUGCCGUCGGUCAGUUCUAUCAGCCGAAUAUUGCGUUACAAACUUGGAACCGGUGCAACUGUCACAGGCAGUCAAGACCCACCUACUUUUCUGCUGACCACCGUACAACUACAAAGACAACUGCUAGAAGCAUACAGAAGCUACGGAAAUGUGACGGCGAUCAUCGCGACCCAAAAUAUGCACCUCACUUCGCAGGAGCCAUCAGAGAAUACCACAAAGAAAGUACCAACAUCUACACCACCAUCAGCUAACGUCAGCUGUCCCAAAGCACAAUAUGCACGGACAGACUCACCGUCGCACACGGUACGCAAAAUUUUGGGUGAGUAA